AACCCCCCUUUGGUUCCGACGAUGACGUACCAACAGUUUCGGUUAUUGGAAUUAGCAAUUGGAGAUUAGAUAAUAAUAAAUCUAGUAGAGCACUAUUGGUUCAGCGCCCUCUCUUUACUGAAAAUGACCUGGUUGAUACUACAAGACGUAUGUUUGGUCACAUCAGGGAUUUUAAUAAUCAACAACCAUUACACAUUUUUAAUCUAUUUUCUUAUUUCAACUCCAGGACUUCAGAUUAUUAUUCUCUCGUAAAAAGCAUAAGAAACAUGAACACCAAGAAGCCAAAUAUCCAACUAGCGCUAGCUCGAAAUUUUGGAGGAACCGAUCAAAUGGAAGAUCUGUGUUGCCUCUACUUUCAACAGGUCUUGAAGCCGCUACAUAAACAAAGAUUCACUUAUAUCCCGAUACCAGUUCAAGAUCUUAUCAAUGCAAAUCUCACAGAAAAGGGCGCUCGAAACCUCAUGCUCAUUGGUAAUAGUAAUUCAGUCGUCACCCUUCAAGAUUAUAAGCUUCGUCAACAAAAUAUAGAACCGAUUGUGAUUAUUGGAUCACAAUUUCCUGAUGAUAAGGAUGGCGGGGAAUAUUCCUAUGUUACUCUUAACCGCAUAAUGAUGUGCGUGGAAACAGGCAGACACCUGAUAUUGACAGACCUUGAAAUUAUUUAUGGAUCUCUUUAUAAUCUAUUCAAUCAGAAUUUUCUAACAGACGAAAAUUUUGACUAUGAGGAUGAUGAUGAUUCAAGUAAUAAAAAUGCAAAAAGAAACUACACCAGAAUUAGCCUAGGCCCGCAUUCUAAUCCACUGUUAUAUGAGACGCUGCAAAGUCUAAUCGUGAAUCAGUGUGGAAAAAAGUCCGAAUCCGACGAUGACACGAUCAUUCAUUCCUGUAAGGAGGCCUUAAUUUCAAUCGCAAUUUCCGAUGGUAUUUUAAGAGCCGAGAAAUCUAUUUUAAAAAUUGGUAAUGCUCAAGAGGUAAAAAACUGGCAAGAUGUCUAUUUCCGGAUCCAACAGCAUGGCAGUAUUAGAGAGUUUUAUCGCACGCUGCUGGAUGACAACAAUCCCCUGAAUAGCAAUUUAACAAUCAUAAAUACCUUUUCUAAUAUUAACACUAAUAUUAAAUUAUGCCUAAAAAAUGUUAUCAACUGUCAAGUCGAUAAACUGUCAACGUUUAAAUCCGAAGCUGUCCUUCAAAAUCAGAUCAAACGUUUUUACGAGUCCGAAAAUGAUUUAUAUAUUCUGCAAUGUGAUCUUUCAACUGUAAACGCGGGAAAAUUGGUACACGAGAUUCCAAAAUGCACGAAACUGGUCGAUUGUUUGAGAUUACGUACAAAUGAUUGGUUAUGCGCUAUUUCUUCAGAUCAGUGGCAGUUGGAUAUAGCCUUAGAUGAAAAGUCAUCAAUAUUACACUCUACUUAUUCCGUGGCUCUAGAGAUGUACUUGAAUACCUUAAUUCGAAAACCUAUUGCUAAAUUGCUUUAUGUCCUAGAGCGCCAUCAUGCAAUAAUGUUUCUUUUUUCAUGGGACCAAGAAAAUGAUGAAUAUGAUUUGUUCACAUUUUGGAAACAUAUUUUCAUGGACAAAAAGAUUGUAAAUAUCGACGAUAUGAUUAUGGAUCCACGGCCAAACCUAUACAUUGUCUCGGGCAAUUAUUUUAGCCUCAAAUUUCCUUUCUCUCAUUAUUUUAUGAAACAAAUAGAUCAAUAUAAGAAGCUUUAUUACGAGGAACUAGAUCUCAUGUACGAAAAUCCCGAAAAUUUAGAUAAAGAUGCAAACCUAAUCCCAGGGAUCUUAAUCCAAUUUCUUGAUAGGUUUGCUGAUACUAUCCGUGCAGCGAUCACGAUGUUGACAUCAGACAUUGUGCAAUUUGCUGGAAACCUGUACUUGGAUGAUUUUGUCAUAAUUUCCUCCUCAAAUGCGGGAUAUUCACAAGAGUCAGACGCCAAAUUAUUACAUUUUCUUUUAAGUCUUUCAUGUGAAGGCGAUGUGUUAAACGAUCCAAUUAGAUUGCACAUGUUUUGGUGGAAAAAUUCUGACGCCAUUAUCUCUGAAUUAGAAUUGGCCCGAAUGUGCCCUUCGAUUAUAGAACUUUAUAAUGAAGAUCACAAAAAAGAUGAUAACUUCGGGAGUUAUUUAAUAGAUAAAGUAUGCAGAAUAAUGAUUGAGAAACUCAUUAAACUGGGAACUCCAAACGAAGACAAGAAUCAAGUUUCGGAUGAUAUCUUUAAUGAUCAUAAAGUCGCGGACGAUAACUUUAAUGAAGCUGCGAACGAUGAUGAAGUUGAAAAUGAUAUCAAUAGUGAAUUUAUAAGCGACGAUAGUAAUGAACUCAGAAACAAUGACGAUAAGGAUAAAAAUAAUAUAGACAUGAAAGAGGUCAAAGAAGAUUCUAUUCCUCUAUUAUUACAAAACACACCAGAAACUUUAGUUCGCUCUCCUAAUCUAAAUGCUAUCAACAGUGCUCUUAAGAGAAACGAGGUUGAUGCCCCAAUAUAUGCUUUAUGUUGCGACGUAUUACAAUAUAAUUUCUUUACCUCAUACACAUUUGAGGAAUUGGUUGAUGGCUUUAGAGAUGCGAUUGAUAUCUUAUGCAGCGGGAAUUUCGAACCCCUACAAUUAAUUCUAGCCGUCACCUUGCUCAAAAAAUUUUUAAAUGUUUUUUGGAAGUCAUUAGUAUCGAUUAAGGAUGCUGUGAAAGAACCUUUAAAGUUUGAGGAUGAGUCAUUUGAUGAUAUGGAUGUGGAGAACAUAAUUGAUAUGAUUAAUCAAGCUAUGGAGCGUCCGUCGCCCUUCAUUCGCUCAUUAAGGUUAUAUUUUCUUCGUGAUCUGUAUGCCAAAGUACUUUCACUAUUUGAAAUCAAAUGUUUUUGUGGAGUGCAGUAUAGGACAUUUUCGUGGUUAAGAGAUUUCGAAUGGAGUGAUGAAGAAAACAGAAUAGGCCUUAUACCUUACCGCUAUUUUACUCAUUAUAAUGAGGCGGAAGAGGCAUUCACUCCAUUACUUGAACGCGGUCAACAAACUCAAGCUAUGAAUUUUUUAAAUCAAGUUUCAAACGAUGAAUCAAUGGAUCUAAAGAUGUCUUUAAUGGUUAGCCCUGGCGACAAGAGUAUCGGUGCUGAAGCGAUUCAUGAAAAUGAAGAGACGGAAGUAAAAUUGGGCUAUGUCUACGAAUCUAUCGAAAGUAGAAAGGAUAGUGACUUCAGUCUUAGAAAUAUGACUCCAGUAUCCUAUCGCAUCUUACAUCUUUUCGUGCAUGUGCUUAUCGCUGCCAAUUCGCAGAAAGAUUGUUGGGAUUUUUUUAAUAAUCAACAGGACCAAGUAAUUAUUCGAAACCCUUUGGAUUAUUGCAAGGAGCAUAUAGAUAAUGAUUGGAGUAUAUUAGCGCGUUUGCUUGGUUGUAACGACGAAACGUUAGCAUUAGUAUUCCAUUCUAUUCUUUCCUCCAUGGCAGAAGGUCAAAUCAUAACGAUAGCAAGAUUGGAUACAGUAGAAAAAAGACGUCAUUGGGAAUAUGAAUUCACCCAACGCUACGUAACUCCAAAAGUAUCUAAUGCUCACGGUACCGCUGCAGAAUUUAAAGGGCGAGUAAAAAACGUUGAUCAUACGCUCGAAAGUGAAAUUGAUGAGACGAUAGAGGUUACGGAGGAAUAUCGGCUAAAAUUUCAUCCAAGAAUAUGGCGAAGAGUAGUCGAAACAAGUUUUGAAGGGUUUCGGGCUUAUUGUAUGGGAUAUCAAAAUUUUACCACUGAGUUUCCGUUUCUAUCGCUAUUCCUUAAAUAUCAAAGUCAAUUAUCACUAUUAAAGAAUCUCACACCAAUCGUAGAAUUCGCGCGGAUUCUUUCUUCAAAAUUAAAUUAUCGGUUGAAAAGGGCGGAUGCCCGUAUCCUCACGUUCGAACAGUUUCUAAAAAACGAAGCUCAAUCUACAGAAAACCUUAAAGAAGCUUUCGAAAAUUUUAUUGUUGCAUGGAAUUCUGUUAGAGAACACAUUACAGGAUAUGAAUCUCAUGAGUUUGCCAGCCCAAUGCCUGAAAUGGCCGGAAGUCUUCCGUUAGUAUAUGCGCUGAUUGAUUUGAGAGAUGAAUCAUUAUAUAUAUGUGGAGCAAUAGAUUAUCUAGUAAAUUUACAUAAUAACUUUUUACAACAUGUCUUAACUAUCGAACCAGGUUGUGCUUCGCUAAGAUUUGUGGAGCAGGGGCAACUUUCAAAUACCAAUGCCGCCAUUAAUCAGGGUCAAUAUUAUAUAGAAACAAUGUCGCUUUCGGAAGCUCGCAAUAUUCAUUUGAUGGGCUACGAAUGGAAUCAAUUACUUGAAUUACUUACCUACAGCCAACGUGAUCUUAGACUUGGUCAUGGACAAGAAAUUAAAUACGAUUUAUAUAAAAUUGAAGCAAAGUUAGCGUAUUAUUUGAUAUUCAAUAAAGUCCAUCUAAAUAAAAGCAAUGAAAAAUUCUGGCUAGACUUAUUUUCGUAUCAUCUUGAACUAUUUUCAAGCUCUCGAACAAUCAUUAGCGAAAUAAAAAAACUAAUUCCCCAGGAGACGGUUCCUACUGAAAAACUUGGAUCUUUUGUCGUGACCACAUACUCACCUACGAAUAUAGGAACCAACGUUACUUUGGUUUUCGAAAAUCCUACUAAACUCUUAUCUGAAUUCGAAGUUCUGCUUUGUUUUUUGGAAAGAACUUUGGGCGGAAAUCUUAACACAAAAAUUACCGAUUAUAUCGAUAAAUGGAUGAAAUUGGUGGUGUUAAAGGAGAACGAUCGUUUCCAUAGAAUGAUUAACGGAUUACGAUUGAAACAUGUAGUAUCUUUAUAUGAAUUUGUUGAAGAAAAGGUAGCAGAUGAGGAAAUCGAAUAUCUCUCCGAAAAAUAUAAAGCUAAGCUAACAAAGCAAUUACAAGACGAAAUCAUUGACUGUGUUGAUUUUGAACAAUCGUAUGGUAUUGGUGGGAGUGAUAUCAGGAAACUUAGAAUUCCGCAUGAUGCAUUUGCUAUUGCAUUGAAACGAUUCAUGUUCCGUUAUUUGUUAUCUGAAAUAAUUACCGAGAAAUACAACCUUGCAGAUUACCUCGCCGGAGAGAUAUUAAUCGACUGCUGGCCAUCUUUUGUGCCCGACGAUGUUAUUCGUGAUAAAUUUCCGAAAUUUUUAUUGGUUGCAAAUAUUUACGAAGCGUACAGAUAUACAAUAAAACAGAUACAGGAGAUGAAUAAAGCGGAAUCAAAGACUCGUAUGGUUAGGAAAAAGAGAAAUACACGUAAGCUUAAAGAAAUAUUUUAA